CACAAGCCAAUACAUCCCUUUUUCUCUACCUUAAGUCCUGCAGUUUGAUCUCCCUUAGCCAUGGCCUUUAGGUCACUCACAGCUACUCCAGGCAUUGGCGCUGGCCAGCAACUGAUCAAGAGUGAUCGCAGCAUGUUAGCUCUUUCCGAUGAGAGUUCAAUGAUAAAACAAAUUCAGGCAACUCAUGCUCCUGAUGGCCGAGAGUUUGAUGUCAGACCUCUCCUCAAUGUUGUUGAAGACAUCCUGAAUCGUGCCACCCUUCAAGUUGAGAGCACUUUGAUGGCUACCCAAGCUCACGCUGAGCCGGAGGACAAGAAUCGUCAAGUCAAUUUCAUUGCCACGCUUGAAGCAUUGUCAUUCGUAAUUGACAGAAUUGCUUGCGAGAUUUCCUACAAGGCUUUUAGCGGAUCAGAUGCCCAUGCCACAACUAUGUCAUUAUUCAACAUGCUUUCAAGCUACUCCUGGGAUGCGAAGCUAGUGCUGACCAUGGCAGCUUUUGCUUUAAAUUAUGGAGAAUUCUGGCUCCUUGCCCAGAUUUACUCCUCAAAUCCACUUGCCAAAUCAAUGGCAAUCCUCAGGCAAUUGCCUGUAAUCCUGGAACACACAGGCCCAUUGAAGCCUCGGUUUGAUGCACUUAACAAUCUGAUCAGGGUCAUGUUGGAGGUGACUAAGUGCAUAGUUGAGUUCAAGGAAUUACCAUCUAUAUAUAUUUCAACAGAAGUGCCUGCAUUGUCCACAGCCCUUGCCCACAUCCCAACUGCUGUCUACUGGACCAUAAGGAGUGUUGUAGCUUGCGCUACUCAGAUUACCAGUCUCACCACCAUGGGACAUGAGUUUGCAACCACUGAGGCAUGGGAACUCUCCACCUUGGCUCACAAACUCCAAAACAUAAAUGAGCAUCUAAAGAAGCAGCUCUCCAUUUGCCACCAACACAUAGAGGGGAAGAGAAAUGUUGAAUCCUAUCAAAUGCUUCUGAAUCUCUUUGAUACAAUUCACAUUGACAACAUGAAGAUCCUGAAGGCCCUGAUUUAUGCCAAGGAUGACAUUCCACCACUUCUUGAUGGCUCUACCAAGAGAAGGGUUAACAUUGAUGUGUUGAGAAGGAGGAAUGUGCUAUUGCUUGUUUCGGGGCUAGACAUUUCCCACGAUGAGCUUUCAAUUCUUGAACAGAUCUACAAUGAGUCCAGGAUACACGCCACCAGGCUGGACAGUCAGUAUGAGGUGGUUUGGAUCCCCAUUGUGGACCGUUCAUCCUGGAAUGAUUCUAUGCAAAAGAAGUUUGAGGCCCUGCAGGCUACAAUGCCAUGGUACUCGGUGCACCACCCAUUAAUAAUCGAAAAAGUGGUCAUUAGAUUCAUCAAGGAGGUGUGGCACUUCAGGAACAAGCCCAUUCUGGUGGUGCUUGACCCUCAGGGUAGAGUGGUAUGCCCUAAUGCACUACACAUGAUGUGGAUUUGGGGAAGCAAUGCCUUCCCUUUCACUAGCUUGAGAGAGGAAUCUCUCUGGAAAGAGGAAACAUGGAGGCUUGAGCUUCUGGUUGAUGGCAUUGACCCAACUAUUCUCAACUGGAUUAAAGAAGGAAAGUACAUUUUCUUGUAUGGAGGGGACGAUAUCGAGUGGGUGAGAAAGUUCACUAACGCUGCACGAGCAGUUGCACUGGCAGCACGCAUACCACUCGAGAUGGUUUAUGUGGGGAAGAGCAGCAAGAGGGACAAAGUCCAGCGAGUCAUAGCCACAAUCACCGUUGAGAAGCUCAGCUACGUUUGGCAGGACCUGACCAUGAUAUGGUUCUUUUGGACCAGGCUAGAAAGCAUGCUAUUCUCCAAGAUUCAACUGGGCAAGAUCGAUGAAUAUGAUCCUAUGAUGCAAGAAAUCAAGAAACUACUUAGCUAUGACAAAGAAGGUGGAUGGGCUGUGCUCAGCAAAGGGCCUGACGUAGUGGUGAAUGGUCACAGCACCACAGUUUUGCCUACAAUACUAGAGUACGAUGUCUGGAAGGAGCAUAUACCAGUUAAAGGAUUUGAUUUGUCCUUCAAAGAACACCACGACAAGCUUCAUGGUGUUGCUCAUCCUUGCUGCCGUUUCGAGUUUCCUAGCACUGCCGGUAGGAUCCCUGAGAGGCUGAAAUGCCCCGAAUGCCAGCGCAGCAUGGAGAAGUACAUCACUUUCCUCUGCUGCCACGAGGAAGGCAUUGCAGAGAUACCACAUUAAAAAUACAGCUACAUCUACAUUGAAUUCCCUGCUAUAUAGCAUUGCUGCUAAAUAAUGGUAUAGUGUGUGUAGCCCUUUCUUUGAUUUCCAUUUUUCUUUCUAAUAUGAUGCCAAUGGCCGCCAUGCUAUUUAAGUUGGCAUUUGGAGCCAUAAAAUAAAAGAUUUGAGAGUUUCUGAUGUAAUCAUCAGUUCAAUUACCAUAUUGAUUAAUUGAUAUACAAAGUGCAAUAUUUGUUUUGAUUAUGGUAUAUACUUACAAACA